UGGAACCCUAGCUCAUUUCUGUCAUCCCUAGCCGCCACAAAACAGCCGGCCACCAGGUUGUCUCCUGGCCGACCGCGCUCUGCUGCUCAAAACUUCCUCUCUCCCUAUCUGUUAUGCCUCGGCCAAAAUAGCUCUUGGCAAACGGCUUGGCAAGCAGCUGUCUGCUGGCUUCUUGCCUUAGCCAAAUGAAGAUCAUAUUUUUCACGACCUCUCUUUUAUUUGUUUUAGUUCUUUUUUUUGUUUGACUGAAUCUCAGAGAAAACGUCUUGCUCCCUCCACCAGGCCGCCAGGACGCAACGUUUCUCUCUUUUGAAUCUGCUGUUUUUUUUCUUGAAUCCGACGCUAGUUCCCUGGCCUAGCGCAGGCAUGUCUUUUCAUUUACCAGAGAUGGUCGGCCGAUUAUGGGGCGCUGUCUCUAACCUUUUAAAAACUCGGAUCUAGUUCUCAUUUACUCGAAUCCCUUACUGUGAGAAUGAAUGUAUGAGAUGGAUCUAAUGUAAUAUUUGGGAUCGAGUUAUGAGUUGAUUAAAAAAACGUGGAUCCGAGAGUUUGCGUUAUUUCUGUUAUUUUCUGUGAUGAUUUUCUGUACCUAUUCUAAUCUGUUCUGUCAUCUAGGCCGUGGAUGUAAAAAAAGAUCCCGAGCCACUGAUCUCUGUUGACCAAGAUUUAAAAAUGAUUAGGGUUAGGUUAUUAAACCCUAACCCUAAAACCUCGAUCUAUUUUACUAUCUCGGAUUUCCUCGGUUUGGUCGAGACCAAGUCUCAUUUAGUGGCCGAAAAUCCUAGAUUUAGGGUCAGGUAAAACCCUAACCCGAGAGAUCUAAAAUUCUUUCUGUCUAUUCUAUUUCUGUCUGUUCUCGGGUGAUGAACGAUGAUAAAAAAAUUUGAGUUCAUUCACAUAGAUCCGAGACCUUUCUGUGAUCUCAUAAAACGAGCUCUUGGAAAAUCUAGCUCUUUGAAAUAUUGGCUGAGAGCUUAUAAAUGUUGAUAUUGACUUUGGUAAUAUGUAUUUAGCUUCUCGAACCUUAAAUAUAUGUUAUAAAAAUAUCAGUGACAACCUUUACGAAACGAAGGUAGUAGUUUUUGUACAUUUUUUAGUAAGACAAAGUUUAACUUUGAUUUUUAAAAGUCAAACAUUAUUUGAAUUUAAAACGUGUGUGGAAUUGAAAAAUCGAUGGCUAGCUAAUCAAAUUGGUCAAUAAACUAGUCAACGUGAUCAAACUAAAAAAAUGUUGCACUUUAUUACUUGAGAAAUUUUCCAGUAGAAAUUUUCCAGUUGAAAUUUUAAAAGAAUAAAUCUAAAUAAUUAAUGAAGUGUUUCUUGGCGCGCUUAAACUUCUCGAAAAUAUUGUGCUUUCGGCUUUCGCGCUCUGUUUAUCCGCGCCAAAAAAUUCCCCCCCCCCUAAAGUGUUGGAACCACCCUCCCAUGUUUCUCGAUCACACCUCCUAGAAAUCUCCUCCGGUUCUUCCACCUCCCUGUAGUUCUCGCUCUCCUGCCACCAUUCUCUUCGUGCUCCUGCUCCAUAUGCCCUCCUUUCAGUCUGCUGCUUGAUGAUCCAUCGCCCAGCUGCUGGUUGAUCCGUCGCCCAGCUGGUAACAGAUUUCUUCGUGGGUGCAGUAGUACCAUAACUGACCCACCCUCUAAUCUUUACUCCGACCUACAAGGGAAAGAAGUAAUGCCAAUGAAACACAGAAGACUACAAAGUCUGAACUUAGAAGCUGAGACACAGGAAAACGUGGAACAACAUGAAGAUGUCCAAGAUCCACAACCAGAGCUCACCAUUGGGUUUCCUGAGGGAGAAGCGCCAACAAGGAAUAAGUCAUUCAAAAUAAUAUGGCAAAAUGGAGUUGUUCGGGAGGUUUUUAGAAAUUUCCGAACAGCUGAAUUGUGGGAUCUGAAAGGAGGAAGAGUACUAGUUGAAACUGACAAGAAUGGCAUUCCCAAUCAGUGGUCUGAAUCCAUUCUCUCGUCAUACCUUGGUGAGCUUGCACAGAAUUCAUCAUUUGCACCAUUACACAUUCCGAGAUGGGACAACAAAUUAUUCAAAGGUCCAAAGGAACGCAUCAUCAAAGAUGUUGAGAAAAAAUUUAUCUAUAGUAGUGAGACAAAAUGGUCUACUCGAGAUUGGAUUCUUAAGACAGUGAAUAAAAGGUGGAGAGACUACAAGUCAGACUUGAAGAAACAAUACUUCAAUCCAGAUAAGAGGUCUUUUGACCAGAUUGAAAAGGAUGUCCCUGAUGGUGUGAAUGAAAAUCAAUGGAGUUUUCUGUUAGGCAUAUGGUGCAGUGAAGCACAUCAGAAAUUAUGCCGGACAAAUGCGGAAUCUGGAAAGAAGCAGAGGCAUCCACACACUAGCGGUAGGAAAAGCCAUGCUAGACUUAAGAAGGAGAUGGUAAUGGCUCUGUCUGAAGACAAGAAGAAAGGAAGCAUCACUAAAAUUGAUCUUUGGGACGAGUCUCAUAAGAAGAGGAAUGGGAACUAUGUCAAUCAAAAUGUGCAAACACUUAUGGGUAAGGCCUUCGAUGAAUUAGAGAACAGGAGAAAGGACAAGGGGACACUUUCUACUAGUGAUUAUGAUGAUGUGUUUGAGAAUGUCAUAAGAAAAGACUUGAACAUUCGUGGAAAAAAGUUUCCAGAAGAGGAAUUGCUAAGCACAAUUCUAGCUACUGGAUCUGGAAGCACUACAGUUGAUACUAAAGACAAUGAAAAUGUCUCAUUGCAAUAUGAUAAUGUAGAACGAUCCAGUUAUGAGAAAUCACCUUCACCAUACAAUGAACAGAUUUAUACUAGAGAUUAUAAUAUUGCCAAGGUGGGUUGCUCUGAUCAUUCAGUACCAAAUGACAACAUAGCUUUCAGGGAAUCACAAGUUACAAGGUCUAGUGACUUGAACCAGGAACUCAACAAUGGAUCACUAUCUCUAGAUAAAGAAAUGUCUGAUAAGGAAACUCAAAGCAAGCAACAACAACAAAGCAAAUUGCAACAGAAUAAACAGAAGACUGUCUUGUUGUACUCAACAAGGAAAAGAAAACUAGGCCAAGUUUUUGCUGUUGGUAAUCUUAUAUCUAGAGAUACUACUCAUGAAAUUGGAGGAACUGUACUUGGGGAUGGAUAUUAUGCUGUUGCGGUUCAUUAUCUUAACAAUGUUGAAGAUGAAAGAUUACCUCGACCACACGGAGAUCUUAAAACUUUGGAGGAUGCUGUGGGCAUGUGUGUUGCUUGGCCUCGCACACAUCUUAAAAGGGUGAAGCCAACUACUGAGAAGCGCACUUGAAUGGUUAGAAGACUGAAGAUGCAACUAAUGAAUGAGCAAGUGUUAUAGUGGAGAGUAGUUCUAGGAUCAAAAGUUCUAGUUGUCAAUCUACUUGUUUAAUUGUGUUAGGAACCUCAUUUUAUUCACUCUUGUAUGUCUAAUCUACCUCAAGACCACUUCGUUUGGAUUGAAAAUACUUAUGUAUUGUUGCUUACACAUGAAGCAUUUAAUUGAUCUGUUAUAUAUAUGAA